GCGGCGGCGGAAGGGGCGGCCGGAGGCUCGGAGCGGCGGCGGACGGCGGGGGCCGCGGGGCGCGCGGGGCCGGGGCCCGGGGGCCGCUGCUGCCGCGCUGAGGCCCGGCCCGCGGCCAUGGCCGGCUACCCGCGCCGCCCGGGCGCGCCCCCGUUGUCCCGGGCCCGGAGCCUGGUCGUUCCCGACGCUCCCGCGUUCUAUGAGCGCCGGUCUUGGCUCCCCCAGCUAGACUGUGAGCGCCCCCGAGGCAGGGAGUUGGACUCCCACCUCCUCGGCAUCCGGCCCACGUUUAUGUGCUAUGUGCCCAGCCGAGUGCUGGCCUCGGUGGGGGAUACAGAUUUCGGCUGUGCAAAGGGGAGGGCUGCCAAGCCAGGCCCCCUGGGAGCCCGGGACGCCCACUUUGGAGACGACAAGCCGGAAGACGCUGAAGAGCCUAACCCGUUCUCCUUCAAGGAGUUCCUGAAAAGCAAGAGCGUUAGCCUGUCCGCAGAGCACGCUGGCGGAGCGCACACGCAGGAAGCCUCGCGGCACACGUUGGGGUUCCGGCAUGCACACCCCGCCCCCCAGGCCAUGGGGUACGGGCUGGAGUACUCGCAGCCGUUCUUUGAAGAUCCGACAGGCUCCGGAGACCUGCUUGAUGAGGAGGAGGAGGAUGGCUGGAGUGGGGCCUACCUGCCAUCCACCGUGGAGCAGACCCACACCUCGAGGGUCCCGGGCAGCGGGUCGCCCUGCAGCACGUACCUGUCCUUCCUGUCCGCCCCGUCUGAGCUGGCGGGGCCUGAGUCGCUGCCCCCGUGGACACUGAGCGACACCGACUCGCGGGUCUCUCCACCAUCCCCCGCAGGGAGUCCUGGCACUGACUUUGCAGCCCCCGGAGAGUCACUGGGCGACAGGCACCUGCGGACGCUGCAAAUGAGUUACGAAGCUCUGAAGGAAGAGAACUGCAAGCUGAGGAGGAAGCUCAGUGAGGUGCACAGCUUCUCCGAGACUCAGACGGAGAUGGUGAGGACACUUGAACGGAAGUUAGAGGCCAAGAUGGUCAAAGAAGAGAGUGACUUCCACGACCUGGAGUCGGUGGUGCAGCAGGUGGAGCAGAACCUGGAAAUGAUGACGAAGCGGGCUGUAAAGGCAGAGAACUGUGUCCUGAGGUUGAAGCAGGAAGUGAGCUUGCUGCAGGCACAGGUCUCCACCUACAAGCGGGAGAAUGAGGCCCUGCGGUCCGGCCAGGGCGCCAGCCUCGCCGUGGUGAAGCAGAACACAGAUGUGGCCCUGCAGAACCUGCGCGUGGUCAUGAGCAGUGCACACGCCUCCAUCAAGCAGCUGGUGUCUGGGGCGGAAACGCUGAACCUCGUCGCUGAGAUCCUCAAGUCCAUAGACAGGAUCUCAGAGGUCCAGGAGGAAGAUGCGAGCUGACCAGGCCUGGCAGCCGGGCGCCGCCAUGGGCCACGCGCUCUUCCCUGCUGGCGCUGGAGAGCCUGCUCAGCUACUGGGAGGUUUUUGUAAAAGCCAAUGGUUUUUUUUUUUUAAUUGCUAAACAUGACAAGUGGGGUUCUAUGGGAAGUCUGUCC